CAGGUGACCAGCGCGCUCAACAUCGCCGGCUACGUUACCGGGUUCCACCGGAAGCCAGGAGAGAAAAGCCGUCCUGUUGACGUCGUCUACUUCAUCGAGACUAGCUUGAACCUAGUCUCCGACGUCGUAAUGCUGCGUACGCUAUAUCGACCACCGCAACCUGGGUCGGAGGUGGCUACUUGAACGGAACAGCAGAGGUGGCCUACACUAGUGGCAUCCUGUACUGCUUUGCUCCGAUUGGCUACGCCCUCAGCCUCGUCCUCGGUGGCGCUUUCUUCGCGAAGAAGAUGCGAAAGACCCGCGCCGUCACCAUGCUGGACCCUUUGCAACGGCACUAUGGCCGUUGGAUGGGCGUGUUACUCUGCCUGCCAGCAGUGUGCGCCGAGAUAUUCUGGACGGCCACGAUGCUGGCGGCUCUAGGUGAUGCGGCCGGCACCAUCAUGCAGGUGAAUUCUGCUUACUUCGUCGUCAUCUUGGCGUCGAUCAUCUUAUUCUACACUGCGCUGGGCGGCUACUACUCGGUGUCGUACACGGAUGUCUUCCAGAUAACCAGCACAGCCGUGUUCCUGUGGAUAUGCGUGCCUUACGCGGCAAAGAGCAGCGCCGUCAACACGCUGCGGCCGCCUCAUAACGACUGGGUCGGUCACAUCCCGUCCAGGGACAUUAUGAGGAUCGUGGACGGUUUCCUGGUUACCGCGCUCGGAGGCAUUCCAUGGCAGGUCUACUUCCAACGAGUUCUGGGCAGUGACAGUGACUUCACUGCCAAGAUGCUUUCGUACGCGGCUGCCAUUGGAUGCCUGUUCCUGGCGCUGCCACCGGCGAUCCUCGGAGGCAUGGCCAAGACCACGACCUUCUUCCUGGGAGCAAUUUCCCGGUGGCUCAUUGGGGAGCCGUCCUUCGCCCUGACCGCAUCGGCGCACACGGCCUCGUACGAGAGCGACUGGAGGCACCGGUUUCCUUACGGGCUGGCAUGCAUGACUCUCAGUAUGACCACGUUAAUCGCAGCCUCCCUGCUCGUGACCGUGGCUUUUGAACACCGCUGGCUGUCACUCCGCUACGACGUGUUCCAUUGCUUCAGCGACGCGCGGUCCGCUGGCACACGACAUGUAGACGUCACUGUCGGCUUAGGAACCAACGAAGCCCUAGUGGCAAGGGAGGCCCUAGCUGUCGACAAGGGCAACGACAAGGCCAACGACAAGAGCAACGACAAGGUCAACGACAAAGGCAACGGCGGGAGCGACGGGAGAAUCAAGGCCGCCGUGGACGGAGAGUGCGAGCGCACGAAGAGCGGGCACAGGGACAAGGUGUACUCACGGAAGCCAAGCAAGGGCACGGGAGGCACCGACAGUGCUGGCGUUACAGAGAGCGAGCGAACUCCCUCCGUCGCGGCAAUCUCGGCGCUACCUGCAGGGGCAGCGCGGACGGUCCCGGAAGUAGCCGCUAAACCAGCACGCCGCACGUCCACGAAGUGAGCAGCGUUGCGCCACGCCAUCGCCCGCUGCUACCAGCAGAAGCGAAGGCUUAAGCCAGAAGCGGGCAUUGAAAAGUGAUACAGCUGGUGCCAGCAGUCUGGAACCACUGCAAGGAACUACAGUGCUGGCAGCAGCCGCGCGUAUCCGGUGGAUGGUGCCGCCAAUAAGGCGGUCUGGUAAACCUGGUAUACCUGCCAAUUAAAAAUGCACAGAACGAAUUAAUAAAUACA